CGUAAAGUCAGUUCUGCAUUUCAUCAUCGUGCUCUGAAAAGGAUAAAGCUAGAUUUCUCUGAAAAAUUCAAUUGCGGAGAUCAGUCGACGGUGCACAUGAUCGUUGCAGACUAUCUAAGUCGCCUAAUACAAUGUUAAUAUAUUACCUGUGAUGUAUGCUGAAUGUGCUGAUAUCAAGCUGUCAGGAAUGUACUUGGGAAAUCGUUGAUCCUCCGGACAGUCGAGUUAGUUUCUUUCUCUUACGGAAUGACUGAUUGGUUUCACAAUCCUGAUUUUUUACGAAUAUAUCAAUCCGCGGACAAAGAAUGGCCCGGCUAUGAAUUUGCUGGUAAUGAAAAUGUAUCCUUACCUCUACUAAUUUCGGAAAUAUAUCGUCUGAUACCUUAUAUUGGGUCAGAAUAUGUACAUUUUCACCCAAAAAAUAUGCCCGAUGUUAAGAUAGAUAAAAUUGAAAUUAUUGGAAUUGUCACGGACAAGAUAGAACUGCAAAAAUACAUCUCAUAUACUGUGGAUGACAGCACUGGUGCAGUUCCGGUAUUAUGUGCAAAGAAGCCACUAAAUGAAGAUGAUUCAACAGAUUCUCAAGAGUCAAGUGAUGAUGAGUCUUCUGUCAACAGGGGGAAAAAACUUGAGCUAAAACCUCCAUUUGGACUUGCGCCUCGUGCACCAUAUUCUUAUGAGACUCAUAUUCAAAGUUUGUGGGUUCAAGCAAGAGGCAAAGAAUUCUGUUAUGAUGAAGUUUUGUUAUAUGACUAUGUACAUGUCAUCGGGUGUUGUGCCAUGGAUAUCAGACAUCAAAAGGAUGUUAGUAAGCUCACUAAUGAUGAUAUAGAACUUGGCAGAUUAUUUAUUUUUGGAAUGAAUCUGAGAAAAAUAAGUGAAGCAGAUCACAAUGCCAUGACAAAAAGCUUGAUAACUCAUGUUGCCAGACAACGAUACGUCAAGCCCAAAGUUGAGUAAAAUGUGAUAAUCGUCUGUAAUAAAUGUGAAAUGUGAAAACUCUGAGAUUAUACUUAGUCGAUAUCUCUUUUGUUACGUUCCUUAUUAGAGAAUAAAAUUUAUACAACCACUUGACUCUUUAUAACGCUAUUUAUAACAUUUGAUUUUGUAUC